AUGCCUGAUAUCCUUAUUGUCAAUGACAAUGCUUCAUUCGCUUCUAGCGAUACCUUCUCUACCCAAGAUUCGAUAGAGCAACCACGGACCCCACUCCGUCGAAGAAAUACAGUUGCAACGCUCACACGAAAAGUUUCUCAGAGGAUAACAAAUAAAAUCCUCAGGGGCGGCGUCCAAGAACAUGCACUCAGCGAAAAAAAUCUCAAAUAUCUCAAUGACGCAACAGAUGUUGACCCACCAGAUCAUGCGAUCCACGAGGUCCAAAUAUACGACCGGAUUUACGAAGCCAUUGAAGAGGAAUGCCCUGUUUUCGACGUAGAAGCAGCGAGGGAGAUGCGUCUGCAUCAGUCAUACUCUGCCUUCUGUCAAAACUUCACGCUAUCGGGGACAACACGGACGACCAGGAAAUUCGACUUGUCAAUGGGACCAGAGUGGGCCGGGGAACAUCCGGAGUUUCCCCUUGACGAAACCCUCGAAACCAAUGACACGCUUCAAUUCCCGGGUUCUCAUUCCUAUCCCGAACACAUAACGGUGCAUCCAAAGCCCCGAGCAAGCACAGUCGAAUUCCCAAUAUCACACCCAUCCACAGAUCUCGACGCAUCACACCCAGUGACGACUGUCGAGAGGUCACCUUCGGAAUGGCCCGUCACAGACACGCCAAAUAUCGAGGAAGACUUCGACCGGAUCAGUUCAAGCUUUGAGAUAACGCCCAACUCCAACUCCAACUACCUCCAACCACCGCCUCAUAUCAUCACCCCAACUGUCUGGAUGGACAUGCAGCGCAUCGAGCGGGAACGAAAGGCAGCUCGACGGCAGAGACUCCUCAAUCCGUUCCGGUCGUGGUUUAUGGCAAGCCAACCCCUCGUGGGGGCGGAACGAUGA